CGGUCUGGACGCGGAUCAGCAGCAGAGAGCCGCGGACGCGCCGGGAAGGACCGGGAGCCAGGUGUUUGGUUCCACCUGCGGGCCGACAUGGAGAGCUUCCUGGUGUUCAGCUGGUGUCUGUGGACGUUUCCGCUGCUGAUCUGCACUGUGUGGAUGGGUGGAACCAGCAUGAUGGAAGUGGAACCAAGGGGGGUGGAACUAUUCACUGCAGGAACACAUGACAUAGAGAUCAGAGCUCAGAACAGUUUCAGCUACGAGGAAAUGAAACUCAGUCAGUCGCUGCUGCUCAGAGGAGAAAAUGGCUCAGAAAGGAGUUCAGCUGGACCAAGACACCUUCUCUUGUUCCAUCUGUCUGGAUCUACUGAAGGAUCCGGUGACUAUUCCCUGUGGACACAGCUACUGUAUGACGUGUAUUAAUACCUUCUGGGAUGAAGACCAGAAGGGAAUCCACAGCUGCCCUCAGUGCAGGAAGACUUUCAGACCGAGGCCCGUUCUUUUGAAAAACACCAUGUUAGCAGCUUUAGUGGAGGAGCUGAAGAAGACUGGACUCCAAGCUGCUCCUGCUGACCACCACUAUGCUGGACCUGGAGAUGUGGCCUGUGAUUUCUGCACUGGGAGGAAGAUGAAGGCUGUCAAGUCCUGUUUGGUUUGUUUGGCUUCUUACUGUGAGAAACACCUUCAGCCUCACUAUGAUGUACCUCCAUUAAAGAAGCACAAGCUGGUGGAGCCCUCCAAGAACCUCCAGGAGAACGUCUGCUCCCGUCAUGAUGAGGUGAUGAAGAUGUUCUGUCGUACUGAUCAGCAGUUUAUCUGUUAUCUCUGCUCUGUGGAGGAACAUAAAGGCCACGACACAGUCUCAGCUGCAGCAGAAAGGACUGAGAGGCAGAAAGAGCUGGAGGUGGGUCAACUGAACAUCCAGCAGAGAAUCCAGGACAGACAGAAAGAUGUGAAGCUGCUUCAACAGGAGCUGAAGGACAUCAGGGUCUCUGCUGAUAAAACAGUGGAGGGCAGUGAGAAGAUGUUCAGCGAGCUGAUCCAUCUCAUCCAGAACAGAAGCUCUGAGGUGGAGCAGCAGAUCAGAUCCCAGCAGGAGAUUGAAGAGGGUCGAGUCAAAGAGCUUCAGGAGAAGCUGGAGCAGGAGAUCAGGGAUCUGGAGAGGAAAGACGCUGAGCUGAAGCAGCUCUCAGAUACACCAGAUCACAGCCAGUUUCUCCACAACCUCCCCUCAGUGUCAGCAUUCAGUGAGUUCAAACACUCAUCCAGCAUCAACAUCCGUCCUCUGAGACACUUUGAGGAGGUGACAGCAGCUGUGUCAGAACUCAGAGGUAAACUAGAGGACAUUCUGAAGGACACCUGGACAAACAUCUCACUGACAAUCACUCAGCCAGAUGUUUUACUGUCAGGACCAGAACCAGAACCAAAGACCAGAGCUGGAUUCUUAAGAUAUUCAUGUGACAUCACUCUGGAUCCAAACACAGCAAACACAUGGUUGGUUUUAUCUGAUGGAGACAGAAAAAUAACAGGAGUGAAACAACAACAGUAUUAUCCUGAUCAUCCAGACAGAUUCAGUAGAUGGUCUCAGGUUCUGAGCAGAGAGAGUCUGACUGGACGUUGUUACUGGGAGGUGGAGAGGACAGGAAGAGGAUUUUAUGUAGCAGUCGCAUACAAGAGUAUCAGUAGAACAGGAAGAGAUAUUGGAUUUGGACGUAAUGACCAAUCCUGGGCAUUAGGAUAUUAUGACAAUAGUUUUGGAUUUUGGUACAACAACAUCCAAACUCCCAUCUCAGGUCCUCAUUCCUCCAGAGUAGGAGUUUACCUGGAUCACAGUGCAGGUAUUCUGUCCUUCUACAGCAUCUCUGAAACCAUGACUCUCCUCCACAGAGUCCGGACCACAUUCACUGAGCCGCUACAUGCUGGACUCUGGGUUUAUUAUGGUGGAGACACAGCUGAGAUCCUUAAACUGAAGUAGAGUCACAGAGGUGAAGAGUUUAAGGGUCUGUUUCUUUAUGAUCUGAGACUCAUUUCUCAGCUGCUGUUUCCUCUGAUGUUCUGGUCUAAAGCGUUGCUCUAACGUAGACAUGGUGUAAAAACGCUGCAUGAAGAACAUCUGAAAGUUCUGACCUUAGAAGUGAAGGUUAGUCUGAGGUUCUGUAGACUGAUUUAAUCACUGAAGCUGCUGGUUUUUCUGCAACGUCGCUGUGUUUUGCAUAUUUUCUCCUCAUUGAUGAGUUGUAAAUUUCAUCCACAGAACUCCAGAGCAUUGGAGUUAGAAAAGCUUCUUCUUCAGGGGAACCUUAAACAUUCUUUUAUUCACAGAUGGACAUUUGUUAAUCAUCAAUAGAGAUCCCAGCAGAGGGACGGUUCUGAUUAUAGAGACUAAUGAAGAACUGGAUUAAAGGGUUUCUUUUCAUGAUUGUUUCAGUUUAUUGAGGGAAAAUGUAAAAUCUAAAAUGAGGGUUUUUGAUUUCAAACAGCUGUUUUCAUCCUGUCGGUCUGGUUGCCUGUUUUGUUUUUAAAAAUAUACAUUUCCUGUAAUUUUAAAGUGAGAAAAAGCAGAAAAUAUGAAUAUUUGACAUGUUCUUCCUGUUUAAUGUCUGUGUUUGGUGGUUUUGGGGUUUGUUGGAUUCAUCAGCUUUAUAAUGAGAUGUAUGCUGGUUGUUAAUCUGAAAAUUAAUGCUUGUUUUUAUUAUUUUUCAUUUAAUCUGAUAAAUAUGAGGGUUUGUUCAUUAUUUGCUAUUUUGCCAAACUUGUUUUGAGGUAAAAGGUCUGAAUUAUGAUGUAUAAAUUACAAAAUAAAAACAAGUAAACAAGAAAAAGUCGUGUUG